UGAAGUUUGUAGGUUAAAUCUACAUAUUUAUAAUUAAAACAUUGCGAGGGAAAAAUGGACUAGAUAUCGAGUGGCGAGUGAGUCACUGUUUAUUAGUUAUUUAUUCGAUGGCAGUGAAUUUAAAAAUAGUCGAUCUUGCAGGUGGUCGGAUGAUAUUCGACUGGCGAUUAGUCGAUCAUAAUAUUGUUGAGACGAAUAUUUCCCACGAUUGCCAGGUACUGUUUGACAACGCUCGAAGUUAAAUAAUUUCAAUCGGUCAUUGGGAAUGUUAACUCGAGAUACUUUAAAAUGAAGGAAAUGCGAAAUUCGUAAAUAGCGAAUCGAUUUUUUGAAUUUUGAGGACGUGCCUUUGUACAACGUUCUACGCAGUCGAUGUGUGUGCACACCACCGUGUUGCUGUUGUUUCUCGCAUGGGAACUCGUUACCGAUCGUAUACACGCAUUUUCAUUUACGUUUGCGCGCGUGUGCGUGGGCGUGUUGUGCGGUGUGACUUGCAUGUGUAGUUAAAAUCGCUCGGCAGUCAAGCCGAGAACGGAAUCAAGGGAGCACCUCUCUGUGUUCUCAUCCUGAACGGAGAACCAGUACGAAGCACUUACCACGUUCGGUCUGGUCGCGUACGAUGCGAGUUUCUAGAAGAUUUGCUACGCGUUGUUUCGCGCGUGACAGCUGAAUGUUGUGAAACGAAGGUGAAGGAAGAAGAAAACGGACCGACGAAGUCAGCCAGAGGGUGAUAAAGAAGGGAAAGAAGAAGACGGUGGAAGAAGGGUAACACAAGUGAAACGUUGAACAAAAGGGGGAAAAGAGCAUCGCGAGGGACGAGCAAACUGGCAGACUCCGAGUGAGGGACGGACAGCGAAAGAAACAGAGACACGAGAAAAUUGUUGAACUCGGGGAACAGACGACGGAGGGAGAAAAAGAUAUAUUCGAGAAACAGGAGCGAAGAUCGGGAGAGAGAAAAAAGAAAAAAAAAGAGACGGUUCUUGAUGUCUAUCGCGGUUGGAGAGGCCUGGCCGUCGAUCUGCCGUCCGCGAAUCUAGCGCCCGUUGGAAAUCGUGCCUAGCCUCGCGCGUGUGUGUGUGUUGUGUGUGUGUGUCGUUACGUGCACGUAAAGCGAACGCAGCCAGCGAGGCGCGCGGACGGACGGAGAAAAGGAGGAAGAGGUGGCGGAGGAGGAAGAGGAGGAAGAGAAGGAGUGGGGGUAGAACAGGCGGGUGGAGAGAAAAGUUGGAGAGGUGGCAGCAGCGCCAACCAGCAACAUCAACAACAACAACGCAUCGUCGCGGUAUUACGGGGGCUGCCGGUGUGUGCGUUUCUGAACGUUUAUCGCGUUGUGUGUCGCGGCGCGGUGCAAGUGCCCGGGGGAUUGCAGGGGAAGAGGUAGUGAACCGAAGCCGCCAGAAUUACGCCAAACCGGGGAAAUAUGAGCAUUGCUGCCCUACUACAGGCCGCCGAGUAUAUUGAACGAAGGGAAAGAGAAGCUGAACAUGGCUACGCUUCGACGAUGCCGAUACCCGAUGAUAUGCGGACGGUCACAAAAAGGCCAAAGACGAAAAAAUCCCAGGGCAGCAGGACUACUCAUAACGAGCUAGAGAAAAAUAGGAGAGCGCACCUCAGAAAUUGCCUUGAAAAGCUGAAGGUAUUGGUUCCGUUAGGACCCGAAACCUCGAGACACACCACGCUGGGGCUCUUGACUAAGGCGAAGCGUUUUAUCAAGAACCUGGAGGAGCGCGAACGCAAGCACGCCGUGCACAAGGAACAGCUGUCCCGCGAGCAAAGGUUCCUCAGGCGACGGCUGGAGCAGCUGACGAGCCAGACAGGUCUGAAUGGGCUCCACGGGUUGCACGGGUUGAGCUCGAGCGCGCCUACCGGCUCCUCCUGCGGCCCAGGGGCAGCCGCAGCCGCAGCCGCCGCCGCCGCGGCGCUCCUCUCCAAGCGGCGCAGCGUCUCCGAGUGCUCGCUCGGAACGGCCUCUUCCACCAGCUCCACGGCCAGCUCCAGGAACUCCGACAGGUCUGCGGGCAGUCCAUCCGUCUCGGAGUCCGAUGAAGUAGACGUGAUCGGUUAUACGAGCAACCAAUCGGACACCGAUGAUCACAGCAGCGUGCAGAGCAGCAGCGAUAGUGGCGUCGCUAUGUCCACCUCCAGGCUGACCCUUUCCGAAAUGAUGGACAAUCUUUAGACAAAGAGAUGGCGCGGUGGCGGCGGAAGAAAGCGGAGGGGGAGCACUUGAGGGCGCGGAUGAAGACGAAGAAGCGGUGGGAACAGAGAGCACGAUGAAGAAACGUAUCGGUCUGUAGGGUGGGCUUGCGGAGAAGACAGGAGACAGGGAACAAGAAAGAAGACGAGGAAGAUGAGGAGGAAGAAAGCAUUGGAGCGUGCGAAGAUCGCCGCACGAAACAUCGGGCCGCGAGCACGCACCCACUCGAACCCCUGUCUGUCCAAAAAGAGUCGCGUGACGCGCCAAUCGGAGGGACACUUCGAGGUGGCGCCAAGCACAGUGUCCCGCGCACGCGAUCUCGCCAACGGGGUGGUCUCUGCGAGAAGAAUCGAAUACGCGGCAACUAACGAAACCGACCAGUGCCGAGGAGACGUACGACAGCGAAAGAAGAAACCACCCUCGCGUUGUAACGGAUGAGAACGCGUCGAGCAAGAACGUGAGAAGGAGGAGGAAGAGGAGGAUGAGGAGGAAGAUGAGUCGUCGCUCGAGGAAGAAGCGCAGGAGAGCAGGCGGAGUAGCGCGAGCUAGGGUGAAUACGGCGUGUAAAUUGUCGAGUGCCGACGAGUAUUGUACAUAUUUUUAAAGGGAGACCAAAUUUAUUGGAAGCCUGGGGCACGGAGGAAACGAGUAAAUAAGAUAGAUCGGCGAACGGUAGAUUUUAAAGUGGGUGACUCCGAGCGCUUCUUCCUCGACCGAGACGAGAGAUGAAACGAUCACUGAUGAUACGUGUCAUGGAUCGAUCGGAGACAGGUCGUCGUCGGUACGCGCCCCCUGUCCCCGACCAAUCGACGACGAGACCCGUGGAGGAAUAGCCCCAAUGAUGGUUCGGUGGCGUCGAGUCGCGAGCUUCCACGACGCUUUCCAUGUCGCUCCUUCGAGAAGCAAUCUCCGAACGCGAUAGUCCCCCCUUUCAAGAUCGAAUUUUCAGCCCCCGAAUUCGAGCAAUCGUCCCCCUCUCCCUAAAACGUUUUACGUCCGGCGAUUCGUCGGCUAUAUUGGCCUCAUCUCGAGAUGAAAAACGCCCACCUUGCUAUAGAGCGAGUGGGCGGUCCCGAUUUGGUUACUUGAAAGCGGUGACUACCACGAGUGGGAACGGAAGCUCGCCGCUCUCGUCUAUCCUUUUGAUUUGCAUGAACGUCGUCGCCGCCGUAUACAUAUAUACACAUUCUCAUGUUUUCGUCGCUUUUCUUUUCUUUUCGUUGAGGAGCCACCACGUCUCGUUUUCGUUGAAACGUCGCCGCGUCGCGGGCAACGCGACGUCUGCUUUGUCCCCCUGAUACGGAAACAUCGUUCCGAGCCUCGGAGGAAUUCGAUCCGAUGACGGAAAAGGAAGCACAAUCGUCGAUGACAAACUAGAGCACGGUUUUACGCUUUUCGGUUCCGCGAUUUGGUUCUCGAUUCGAGACACGUUAUUAUUUUUCGACGUUGGCGAGCGGUGCAUGGCGUAAACUGCGUCAGCGCUGUCGCGCGCGUUCGUUGCUCGCGGUCGCGGGUACGAUAUACAAACAAAAAAAAAAAAUUGAAAAAAAAAAAAAAACGUAAAAUCUUUAGUAGAGAAAAAGAAAAAGGAAUUGCGUAUAGACGCGACGUCGAGUAGGCGGUCCUCGUUCUGUGGAAGACUUGACUCCGCCCUUUCGACGACUGCGACUAAACGAAAUCUGUAAAUUCUGUCGCCUAUCGACCUCGCGCGCGUAAUUUGGCUCCUUUUCGACACUACGAAGUCAAAGGGUAUGUAGAAAAGUCUUUUGGGGCGGUGCCGCCGCCGCGGUGGGCGGAGACACGGCCGUAAGGAGUGGAGUCAAAGGCGUGCGUAUCUCGCGCCACGCCUCCUCGGGACGAAAACCUCGUAGUCCCGUCUAUACCCAAGUCUGCACCCGCGAAAAGAUGGGAAACCAGUCGAUCCGUACAAACGUCUACCGCGCGUAUCGGAUUGGCGUAAUCGAGGGACGAGGGGGAAAAGCCCGAAGGGAGAGAACAAAGGCGGUUAAUUGCGAACAAGCUCGACGUCGACGGAUUUCUUCGGGAGCCCUGCGGUUUUAAUUAACCGAGCUCAGAAAAAAAAAAAGUAGAACUUUCAACGCGUGAAACACACACACACACACACACACACACACACACACACACACACACACGAAACCACUUCGUUACGCGCCAAAGGCAAAUAGGGACGAAAGGAAAAUCGAAAAAAAGUACACGACUAAUGUAAGAUUACAUACGACACACACGCAUCGGCACGCGCGCGCAUACAUACACCCCGAGAGAUACCCCAGGUACACGAUCAUCGCGAACGACAUAACAGAAAAUGAGUUUAAAAGAUAAAAAAAAAAAAAAAAAAAAAAACCGAAACACACGUAUACUUUGAACAAUCGUAAGCGCGCGUGCACGCUAACGUAACACUGUAAUUAAGGGAAGGAAACCCUCUACGCGCCGCCAAUGGGGCGUUUGAGAAGUAAUUCUUAUUAUCUUAUGGUAUAAGUAAACGUAAACAAAAGCAUCGUUUCAUUGUAAUACACAUUCAAAGAGUACAAAUUCUGUAAGUCCCUCGUUGGGCGUUUUCGAGGCUGUUACCACCUGUUGUUGUUACGUGAGAUUACGUUUCUUUUUUUUCAACGCCACUUUUUCCGCGUUGAAUGAACGACGGCGUAAAAAACAAAAAUAAUAACAACAACAACAACACAACAACAACAACAACGGCAUACGCAGACCAGUUGGAGGCUGAGGGGCGAGGAAGGGGGGAGGAGCUGCGAGGAAGGCGUGACGCACGUUAAACGGGGAACAAUGUUACUGGCGCGUAAUUUGGGGGGGGGGGGGUGGGGGUAGACAGAGAAAGAGAGCGAAUUAACGGAGUACGUGGUACGAGACAACGUUUUCGAAGAAAAUGAGGUCGUACAAGGGUCCAAAGAGCUCCGAGAGGGAAAUCGAUCGAUCGAUCCUUCGCUACCGAUACCACGGAGUAACGCCUGUUACACAAUAGCUGGUGACUCUGGUGAUCAGCUGUCUAGUUGGAGCUCCGAGUUUCCACUUUGCGGUUCGAGUGGGACUCUGCUCUCGUAACCUAAGCGAGGUUUGGGUCACCAGCUGUCCGUUCGCUGAAACGAUCGAGGGUCUCGCGCGGGGAACGCCUCGAUCCGCGAUCUUUCGACCGGAUCAAGCGUUUUUCGAUCGUCGAUCGGGACUCUGUGUAACAGUGGGGACGCGGUUGGGGCGAUCGUGACGCUCUCGGGACGAAAAUGAGAAAGGGGAGAGGAGGUUUCGUGGGCUAGGUUUACGCAGACCAGAUAGACUGAUUACCAAACGUAACGAGUGAUCUCUUGAAAAAAAAAAAAAAAAAGUGGUUUAAACGGCGUUAGUUUGUAAGAAAAAUAAACACGAAAAUAAAAACCAACGUUAACCUUUUUUGGGAUAGGACGAUUUCGACGGUUGGGGCGAACCGAAAUCCGUGUUUGUAGAUUUUUCUCGCAGAGAGUACCCUCGACGAACGCGCGCGCGAGCUAUGAAACGAACUGUACUCGCGGAUGCAAGAGAGAUCCGCCCUUGGAGUGAAUGCGGCUCCUAUUGGUGGGAAUUUGUUUUGCUCCGCCCUCGAAACGCACACUAUGGCUACAAAGAAAUCUGUUGGGGCGGUAUUUGAAGAUUACUUGACACGUACACGCGUGGCGGAGUUCGAAUGUUCAGUCUGAGGAAGAGGGCGUGUCCUAUUCGGGACAUAGCGCCGCCUUGAUAACGCCCGUGUCAUCUAUUGGUCGGUACAUGCGACCUAGGCGUGUCAGGACUGCACAUCUGAUCUCCGCGUUAUAUCAAAUUGUAAGGGAUAGUCCACAACCGGAGUUACACAUUUUUUUUUUACAUCACGAUCAUCUUAGAAGGGCAGAUCUCUGAUGCUACUGCUAGUAAAUGUGUUUGAACGAACGCGAUGACGUAUGAUCUCCGAAGAGAGAACGUUGCAGAAGUUGGACGAUCGACGACGAGAUGUUCGGGUUACAUUUGAUGCGGGAAGGGGCGUAACGAUCACGUGAGGCGCGAACGACAGCCAACGCGCGAUAGGAGGGGGCGGUUCCUUAGUUUGGGGCGGUCCCUCGAUGCGACAAGAAUGAAACAGGGAAGAGGGGGGCGACGGAGAAACCCAAAAUCCCACCGAGAGAGCGACCAAGCCGAAUGAAAUAUUUUCAGCAAGGCAAGCCGCGACUUUUUAAUAUUAAACGUAAUGAUACUCCCGCAUGUCGUUGUUGUAUCAACAAUCGACCUUAUCUAUAGUGAAACGCAAUCAUAUUGGUUGUUGCAGAAGAUUUACCGCGGCCGACACAUCAAAUAUAAACGGCGGGAUUUGGGUCAGCUCGACGCCCUAACAGAUUCACACCUCUCCUUCGAGCUCAAACCUUCCUAUCUAGUGAAGAUCUUUUCCAAGCUUGAGAAAAUCACCUCCUACUCGCGAACGUCCAUUUGCAUUUCUAUUUUCACUUGUCACGGAUCUAGCCUCAUUAUUCACGAGUCAUCCCCACCACUGUCUACCUUUCUUCCGGAAUGAAAACGAAACCUCAACCAAAUUGAUCGAUAUUCCAAACAUUUUUCGAAGCCCUAUUCUCUACGUCUUUCCUUCGGUUUCCUUCCUUUCGUCGCGAUAUCAUGGAUCAUAGGCGCGGCAAUCUGGAGUUUCUAUCGAUCAGCUGGCUCCGGCGACGAGGAUCGUCGCCGAAUGCAGCAAGAGAGGGCGGUUCACUCGACGGAAGACACGCCAGAUUGAUUAAUCGUCGCGUUGCAUCCGUUCGUAAUUAUCCUCCGCGUAUCGACGAGCAUCGUGGGCACGCGUUGGUUGUCGUUCGUCGAUCAGGGAGUGGGCGGGUGGGCGGGCAGGCACGAGGGGGCGGGCCGAAGACGGGCGAUAUUUCUCGCGAGAGACUACGCCGUUGACUUUUCGACAGGCAGCGAUCGUGAUCAUUCGAUUCACGUCGCUCGAAUCAUUCGUCCAGCGACAAAGUUAUUCCUUUUUCUUUUCAUUGUUUUGUUUCCGGUAGAGGGGCCGAGAGGAGGGGAGGGGGUAGGGGGGAGGGGGGGGGGGUAGGACGAAAAACAAAUUAAGAAAAAAAAAGAAAAAAAAAAAGAAUAAAAACAGAAAGAGAAACCGUACCGGGCUAAACGAGGGAACCACCCAAUGAACCAUCUACAUAGCAAACCAAAAAUUUAAAAGGAAAAAAAAAUAAUGAUACAUACAUACAUACAUAUA